AUGCACAAAAAGCAAACUCAAUCUAUUACUCUGUGCCCCCCAACACAGAUCAGUUUAGAGAAAGGACAUUGGAUGGAUCAUCAGCCCGUCUCCAGUGUAGCCGAUGGUGGUGUCAUUACGUUCCUGUCUCCAGGCACUGAAGAUUAUGUGGACCUUGCUAGAACGAUUCUCGUGGUGAGAGCGAAAGUGACAAAACCCGAUGGUACGGAUCUCGGAGCAGCCGAAAAGGUAUGGUAUUUUUCAUGGCGAAUAGAAAAUACCGUUUCCAAAUAUUAAUUUUUUGGCCAUUGAUAUCCAGUUCUCCGUAGCGCCUGCAGCCGCAGUGAGUCUCGUAUGUUACGGAGAGUUCGAGAAUACCGUGCACAUCGAUUCCGAAAGAAACGUUGUCUACGAUUACUCUGGAUGA